GAAUCCAUCAGGAUACAAGAUCAUGGAGAUGGUUCCAUUUCCUCAGAAACUGAAGACACUGAGAAGGAUGAAAAGGCCGACAUUAACAAACCUUUUAGCUUCCCUGAGUUUGCUGAACAAUUUGUUCACCGUGGCUUUCUUCAUAAAGACAUAAUAAAUUCAGAAAUAGGAUCUUUAAGCUCGCUGGAUAGGAAGAACUGUUUCACAGAGAAGAAAAACGUGGAAUCGCCAAAGAAAGUCCAGAAAGGAGUGAAGUUUAGCUGUGAAGACUGUGGUAAAACCUUUAUUGGAAAAGGACCUUUAAACACACACAUGAGAAUCCACACUGGACAGAAACCCUUCUGUUGUGAUCUAUGUGGACAAAGAUUUAACCAAAAAGGACAUUUAAACACACACAUUAGAAUCCACACUGGACAGAAACCUUUCUGUUGUGAUCUUUGUGGAAAAAGAUUUAGCCUAAAAGGACAUUUAAACACACACAUGAGAAUCCACUCUGGGCAGAAACCUUUCUGUUGUGAUCUAUGUGGACAAAGAUUUAACCAAACAGGACAUUUAAACAGACACAUGAGCAUCCACACUGGACAGAAACCUUUCUGUUGUGAUCUAUGUGGAAAAAGAUUUAGCCUAAAAGGACCUUUAAACAGACACAUGAGAAUCCACACUGGACAGAAACCUUUCUGUUGCGAUCUAUGUGGAAAAAGAUUUAGCCAUAAAUCAAGUUUAAACACACACAUGAGAAUCCACACUGGUCAGAAACCUUUCUGUUGUGAUCUAUGUGGACACAGAUUUACUGAAAAAGGAAGUUUAAACAGACACAUGAGAAUCCACACUGGACAGAAACCUUUCUGUUGUGAUCUAUGUGGAAAAAGAUUUAGCCAUAAAUCAAGUUUAAACACACACAUGAGAAUCCACACUGGUCAGAAACCUUUCUGUUGUGAUCUAUGUGGACAAAGAUUUACUGAAAAGGGAGGUUUAAACACACACAUGAGAAUCCACACUGGACAGAAACCUUUCUGUUGUGAUCUAUGUGGACAAAGAUUUACUGAAAAAGGAGGUUUAAACACACACAUGAGAAUCCACACUGGACAGAAACCUUUCUGUUGUGAUCUAUGUGGACAAAUAUUUAGCCGAAAAGGAGGUUUAAACACACACAUGAGCAUCCACUCUGGACAGAAACCUUUCUGUUACGGAGUUGCGGGCCCUCCAGAUGGCAGACCUCGAUCUAGACUCCCGUUCUCCUCCAACAGCAGGCCAACCAGCAGCGGGCCAACCAGCAGCGGGCCAACCAACAGCGGGCCAACCAGCAGCGGGCCAACCAGCAAAUCCGCCCACAAGUCAGCCAGGACAACUCGCCAGUCCGCUUCAGUAUCAGCCCCACAAAUCAACGUGGUUCUUUUCCUUGAGGACAAGGCCGGGGACGCCGGGGCAGAGGUCGGGGAAGGUCACAGUGGUCCCGCUCCAAUGCUUGCCAUAAAUGUGGAAAGUUGGGACACUGGAGGAAUGAAUGUCCAGAGAAACUGCAGCAGCCGGACACCGACGGUGAAAGCUGCCUUACCCCAGUAG